UUUAUUCUUCAGCAUUAAACAUGACAAUAACUCUUUGACGUCGAUGCAGGCUCGCAGUCUGGCACUUAUAUGCAUCGCUAACUUGAAGUUAAUAGGGGAGCAGCAUUGCGUAGGACCGACCACUACCUUGAUUUAAUAUUUCUGGUAGUAUGACUUAAAUAAUGAUAAGAAAAGGUAGGCUAAGCUUGUUGGUUGGUGAGUAUUAAGACUGGGUUGGUUGGUUAACCACAGUCUAAAAAGUCUUUCUUUUCUACAAACGCCUCUCAGUCGAAGAUAAUGUGAGAUUGCAAUUGAAUUCAUGUAGUAGCAGUAAAAAAAAUAGUAAUAGACACGCACAUACGGAUUAUACUGACAAAUACAUAAAUAUCUGUACAUAAAUUUAAAAAAAACGUGGUUGAUUGUUAUAUUCUGCUUCAUGACGUGCUUAGUGUAUUUGACAAGUGAAUCACAUCACCAGUUCCAGAAGAACAUUCUUCAAAAUGUGGGGAAGUUUCGGCAAGAACAUUGCCAAGUCUGCGUCCAAGAUAACAGCGUCAGCUCCAGCACCCUCGUUGGUGGUAGCGUCUCUGGCAUCUGUAAGACUUGACAGUGGGAUUGGGAGAGCUCAAGUGAAAAAGCUGGAGAUUGGGAAACAUGAAAAGAUUGAAGAAAUCUUGAGUAAAGUCAGACAUCGAGAUGGUUUACCCAAAAUCACGUCCCACGUUGAGCACCUUGUUGGACGAGUAACAGAGUCGACCGGAAGUGAAAGAGAUAUGCCUGGACUGGAUCUCGGCGACAAAACUCAGAUAAUUUUGCAAUCAAACCACCCUGUGCGAUACACGCUUGAACGAGAAAUUUAUAAUAGCUCCAAACAGAGCUUGGGCUAUUAUGAUUGGCUGAUACUUUUCGGGAGAGGAAUCAGAACGAGUACAAACCCGAAAUACGAAGAAAAUUUAAACUUUAUUUCACGAGGAUCGGAUAGUGGCAUGUUUUCAUCCGAGAUUCAUCAAACCGUGGUUGACAUUCCCGAGGACUACAACCAUUCAAAUAUACUUACCCAGUACUCCCUGGGAAAUAAAUAUGCUGCCCUUGUUGGAGACUACUUUGCAAUCCGAUGCAUCUACUUUCUGGAGAAAGCAAAAAAUUCCAAAGCCUUCAUCGCCAUCACAAAAGGACUCGAGCAGUUCACCACGGCCAAUUUUGCUGUAAAGUUUCUGGAUCCAAAAAUAAUUUACCCUCAUCUACCUCACAAAAAUGUCACUUUGGAUGAUUGGAUUCGGUAUAAUCGAAAGAUAUCGGGAUAUUUCACUGGUGGGUUGUACGCCGCGUUAGUUUUAAACUGCGAUGGUCUUCCCAAGGACGACAAGAUCAUGAAGGCCAUGAGCAGAUUUUCUUCCAAUCUUGCCGUGUUGUUGAAAGGUGUUGCAGAUAUUGAGAUGCUCGAAAAUGCACGCGAAUUUUCGUCCGUACCCACAUCCGUCCUCACGACCUUGCCAGCAGUGUUGCAUCAACGGAAACAUCCUGGAGUUUUCGAUGCAUUGCGUAACAAGCAGAUUAAUUUCAAUACUGACUUCAGACAGAUUGUUGAAGAAAUUGAGAGAGGCUCUGCAAUAGACGAAGCAAAAUUUAUCCUUGGUGAACUAGGUUUGGAAACGAAACAAAGUUAUGAGGGGGUCGCAACUGAUUUAUUUUAUGCCGAUGUUGUAUUAGAUUUAGUUGAAACAAUCGCAAACUUUGAAUAGCUUUAAAAUCUCUGAUUGUUACAUACAAAAUACCAAAGAAAAUCCUGUAAAGUAAUUACUUUACUAUUUGUUGUUAAAGUUGUGUUAAAUAUUAUUUAGAAGUUAAUUGUCUAAAAAAUCAAUGAAUAAUAAAUUGCAUUAGAUAUGUAAGGCUA